GACACAAAAUUAUCAUGCCUAUAAUAUAUGGUAGUUGGGUGAGCUUCUUGACCUUGUAAGCUCCGCUCCGUGCACGGACGAGAAGGUGAAAAUAUUGGGCGUGGUUUGCGUGGUGCUACAGGCUCUGGCUCCACCUCUACUCUCUGCUACCCUUUUUUUUUUUUUUUUUUUUAUUUUAAAUUUGUUGCCUGGAUAUAACAGUCAUUUACUUGUUUGGUCGGAUUGCUGAGUAAUCUAAUCUAAAAAUAAUAAAAUAGGGUUCAAGAUUUUGUCUAAAUGGCACGUUUCGUCUCCAUCUUUUCUUAAUUUAAUUUAUUUUGUCUUCGUAUUUAUAGCCAUUAACGGCAAUUUUCUCAUUUGACUUUUAUUUGCAGAACCAAACCAAAUCGAAGAAAUUGUACAACCCCUCCUCCUUUCUUCCUUCUCUUUCUUUCUUUUCACCCCGAAAUCGCUACAAUGACUACCUCAAAGCGCCUUGCUGAUAAGAAAGUUGCCAAGUUCCAGAAGAACAUUACAAAGAGGGGAGCAGUUCCUGAGACCUCUACAAAGAAAGGAAAUGACUACCCAGUUGGCCCAAUUCUCCUCGGUUUCUUCGUGUUCGUGGUGAUCGGAUCAUCCUUGUUCCAGAUAAUUAGAACAGCUACAAGCGGUGGCAUGGCUUAAGGGAAAUGGCUUCGCAUGAAACAUGGAAGUCUUGUACUUGUUUGUUGUACUAUACUAUGCGUUAAGCAUAGUUAAAUACCAUGUUAUAAACUCCAGUUAAAAGUUGUAGCUAUCUUGUGUAAUAAAUAAAUGGCGAUGCCUCUUUUUUUGGGAAUA